CUCACCAGCUGGCAGCCUCGGCGACCAUGCUAGGCUCGCGUGGCCCACUACUGCGCCCGGGCCUCGGCCUGCCAGGGCGCCCGUGUGGAUCGGCCGGGCCUCGCAAGCGAUGGCGGCCGCUGCGGUGCUGUUGGGUGCAGGCACCCCUCCCACAGGUGGCGGGGCCAGGGGCAGCGGGUCCCCACCGGGCAGCUGGGCCAUGACGCAGCUGGAGGGCCGCGAGUUCGAGUACCUCAUGAAGAAGCGCUCGGUGACCAUCGGGCGCAACUCGUCGCAGGGCUCGGUGGACGUGAGCAUGGGCCACUCGAGCUUCAUCUCGCGGCGCCACCUGGAGAUCUUCACGCCCCCGGGCGGCGGCCAUGGCGCGGCCGCCCCAGAGCCCGCGCAACCCCGGCCGGACGCGGGCGGCGACUUCUACCUGCGCUGCCUCGGCAAGAACGGCGUGUUCGUGGACGGCGUGUUCCAGAGGCGCGGGGCGCCGCCGCUACAGCUGCCGCGCGUGUGCACGUUCAGGUUUCCGAGUACAAACAUCAAGAUAACGUUCACAGCCUUGUCCAGCGAGAAGAGAGAGAAGCAGGAAGAGCCCGAGUCACCAGUGAAGCCUGUGCAGCCACACAUCUCACCCCUGACCAUUAGCAUUCCGGACACCAUGGCCCACCUCAUCAGCCCCCUUCCCUCCCCUACUGGAACCAUCAGUGCUGCAAACUCCUGCCCAUCCAGUCCUCGGGGAGCAGGGUCUUCAGGGUACAAAAUGGGCCGUGUGAUACCAUCUGACCUCAAUUUAAUGGCUGACAGUUCACAGCCAGAAAAUGAAAAGGAAGCUUCAGGUGGAGACAGCCCAAAGGACGAUUCAAAGCCACCUUACUCCUAUGCACAGUUGAUAGUACAAGCAAUUACAAUGGCUCCUGACAAACAGCUCACCCUCAAUGGAAUCUAUACACAUAUCACGAAAAAUUACCCGUACUACAGGACUGCAGACAAGGGCUGGCAGAAUUCAAUUCGCCACAAUCUGUCUCUGAAUCGUUAUUUCAUCAAAGUGCCGCGUUCCCAGGAAGAACCAGGCAAAGGCUCCUUCUGGAGGAUAGAUCCUGCCUCCGAGAGCAAGCUGGUAGAGCAGGCUUUUAGGAAGAGACGGCCUAGGGGCGUGCCUUGCUUUAGAACCCCCCUGGGACCGCUCUCCUCUAGGAGUGCCCCGGCUUCUCCCAACCAUGCAGGAGUGCUGUCUGCUCACUCCAGUGGCGCCCAGACCCCUGAGAGUCUGUCAAGGGAAGGUUCCCCGGCCCCCUUGGAGCCUGAGCCUGGCGCCUCACAGCCCAAACUUGCCGUCAUCCAGGAGGCACGGUUUGCCCAGAGUGCACCAGCAGGGUCACCUCUCUCUAGUCAGCCCGUCUUAAUCACUGUCCAGCGGCAGCUACCCCCAGCGAUUAAGCCUGUCACCUACACUGUUGCAGCCCCAGUGACCACCUCCACCUCUCAGCCACCCGUCGUGCAGACGGUACAUGUUGUCCACCAGAUACCAGCAGUAUCAGUCACCAGUGUGGCUGGACUGGCCCCAGCAAACACAUACACAGUUGCUGGACAAGCUGUGGUCGCUCAGGCUGCGGUGCUGGCCCCACCUAAGGCAGAACCCCAAGAGAAUGGUGACCACAAAGAAGUCAAAGUGAAAGUAGAGCCUGUUCCUGCAAUUAGCCAAGCCACACUAGGCGCUGCCAGCCGAAUCAUCCAGACAUCACAGGGCACCCCUGUCCAGACAGUCACCAUAGUACAGCAGGCGCCUCUAGGUCAACACCAGCUUCCUAUAAAAACUGUAACACAAAAUGGGACUCACGUGGUGCCAGUUCCCACAGCGGUGCACAGCCAGGUGAACAAUGCAGUGGCGAGUCCUCUCCAUAUGUUGGCAACCCAUGCAUCAGCAUCAGCGUCCCUACCCACAAAGCGCCAGAAUGGUGACCAAGCAGAGCAGCCAGAGCUCAAGCGGAUCAAAGGGGAGGAGAGAGAGAGCAUUGUCAUCGCCCUGAGCGUAGAUGCGCCACCAGCAGUCGUGAGAGAGAAGGGCAUCCAGAACUAGCUGCCAGGAGAUCUUUUCUUAUGUCAGACAUCAAUUUCGUGGUGCCAAAAGGAGACGCUGCCUCUCACCCAGGCGGGAGCGCAUCCUCUCAGUGGGUCAAGGGCCCUGCGGUUGGACUUCCCUUCUCAGCACUGAAACAUGAACCCAGGUGGCCUUAGAACUCCUUAAAGACAGAAGCUACACUUGAACAGACCCACAGAGCGCUGGUUCCAGAGGUGGCGUCUCCCACAGAGCGCUGGCUGGGCUCAUCUUUUAUUACACGCAAGAACUCCAGGCCCUGAAGGACCACCAAGCCUCCUGAAGAUGCAGCACAUGCUGCAGGCAGAUCUUACUGGGCUGGCUCUUCUCUAGGGGACAGCCAGAGCCACCCGCUGCCCUCCCAGGACCCACUGGCUGCGGCUGAGAGACAGGACAGUAUUUUGUUGUCACACGUGGAAUUAGAAUACUUUGAGGUGUACUUCCUUUACAAAAUAAUGGGGUCUUUGACAUUUCACAUCACUCCAUUUCUACUCUGGAAAUGUUAGAUUCAUUUGGGGGGAAGAGCGUCAUUCUGUUUGUUUCUGUGGUUUGUUUUCAGCCCAUGGAAUGGUUGCUCUUGACUGUCCUGCCGGCGUGGAGGUGGCACUCCUUUAGGACCUCUGCCCAUUGCUGUUUAGAGCAGUUACCUGAUGAAUUUGACCCACCCUGUGCCAGUAUGUAGGCUGCACGGACCUGCUCUUACUCGGGGCCUUUGUCUGUUUCUUUCUGUUAACUUUGUCCCUGGCAUAACUUCCCACUCUAGUAAAACCAGUCUCCUAUGUAUUGUGUAUGCUUGAAGUGACAGAGCCAGGCUUUCGUUACAUACCCUUCCAGACCAAGGUCAUAGAUCUCUCCUGGGGUCUAUUAUGUCCUAGGAGUCUUAGGGGUCGGCACUGGCUUCUAGUGUCUUGACCUGCUGUCUGCAUAGCAUACCCGUGGCCAGAGCUGUGGGGGAGAAGUUGCCAGUUAACUGGAGGGUCUUGGAAGUGUCAGAAGCCUCCAGGCCAUUUUCUGAUUCUCAGUAGGUGUUUCUGGCCUUCCAGAAUGAAGCCCCAAGGCUGACUUCUGUCCUAUAGUAAAGAAAACUGAGAGGGACGGGUGAGGAGAGGUGGGAGGCGGGCAACCCCUCCACUCAGCAGUACCACCCACUUUUCCAGAGUGUUGUGGGAUUAGAGCUGAGCAGCAGACAGAGCACAUUAGCCUCAUUGUGAGUUUUUUAAUGUCAUCAUCAUAACGUUAUUUAUUUAAAUGUAGUUAUUUUGGUAUUUAAUUUUUUUUUAAAGAGAGGGGAAAACCCUGUAUUUUUCCUGGUAGAAUGAAAUGGCUCAGAAUGGUAUGGCUCAGAAUGGUAUAUUUAGGCAAUUUAAGAAACAUUUAUUAUUUACAUAAAGACCAAAUAUGAUAAGUCUGUUCUAAGUAUUGCGUGUCACCCACAGUAUGGAGCUGUCACAAUGUUACUGCAGAUGAUGCGUGUUGAAAUUAUGGAGUUACCGCACACUAGCUGGAUUUAUAACUCAGCCACUUACAAUAAAGGUGAGACGUCACGUGAGUGAGACAAUGUGUGUGCCCGGAGCAGGGUCUGAUUUUGGACUGUAGUCUGGGGACGACAGCCUGGUGGGGCCAGAGCCCCUCCGAACGGCAGGCUGCCUCCUCCCUCGCUUUGCAGGUACCGUGAAUGUGUAUUUCUUAUUGUAGAGGUUUGCAAUUUGCAAAGUACUUUAGGUUGUGCUGUGCCCUGCACAUGGGUCCUGACUCUGGGCCUCUGCUAACAUGCGCUGGAGGGGGACCACCCUGGCGGGGAACUGGGCUGAGGCUGUACCAGCUGGACAUGCUAUGCUGUGCAUCUAGAGACUUGAAUGUGUAGCAUGCUUGCCCAGGACUUGGGGCAGAUGUUCCCCGUGUGAGGGGAGCCAGCAGACUGAUCGCCUCUGAGCUCCAGACAGACCAUAUGGGUCUGGAAGGGUUUCUUUGGGACCGUAGAUAAUAGCCAACUCUCCAGUCUUGAGGAUGGAGGGCAUCCUUGUCUCUGAAGGCUGCAUUUGUGGUCUCAGUGAAGUAUGUCCUUGCGGCCACAGGCACACGCUCGGCCUCUGGCUGUCUGGUGGGCUCGCUGCUGUGUUGCUACAUAGGAGUAGAAAGUGUGGAGGGGAGGCCUGAAGCUACGCAGGUGAUGGCACACUGCAGGUUUGCUUCCCAGUCUGCAUUGUUGCUGUGUGCAGCUGAGUCCCUGGGAGUCUCCAUGCACCAGACUGCUGGACUUUUGUGCUGCUGCCCACAGGGCCGUUGUGGAGACAUCCAGCCCUGACACCACAGGUAGCAUACAGCCGCGCCCACUGCACUGUGGCCCCUCAGUGUUGAAAUGCUCAAGGAGUCUCAGUUUAACCUUUACCAAACUUCUAAGCUCCCUCAGGGACUAGACAACUUGAGCAGCUUUACCCUGAACCAGUGAACACAAGGGGAAACCCAGCCUGUGUCCCCGCUCCAGUGCAUUCCAGGACAUGUGCUGUGACUGGACAGGUCAUCCCCACACUACAGAAUGUGUGCUCACAGACAGCUGGCCUUGGUAGACACCCCACCCCACUUCUCAUCCUCUGCUGGAGUCACAGAAUAGCCGUAGUAGCUCAGAAGGGGUUGGGGAACGUCAGGACUUGGAAUUUUCUACACUUCUCGACACAAGGAGAGAAGUGACAAUCUCGAGGUCCAAGUGUCUGCUGUUGUAGAGAAACAGGUGAUCUGUGUGCAAAGAUUUGGAAUUUUUAAAAGUACCAAGUUCCUGAAAUUCAAUAAAAUAUUUUUAUUCA